AGAGGAGAGGGCAGGGCACAGCUAGAGGCUCUUUAUGACCACGUUUAACCCCUGAUGGGAAUCUUUAUUGUUUAAUGGAGGAAUGAGGAUGAGGCUGUAUAUUUAAAUGGUUAACAAGCACAUGCCUGACCUGAAGAGUGCAAGAGGUGAAAAGAGACGAUCGAGGAGGGAUGACAGCAGCUAAAGUUUGAGGAUAACGAUGUAGUGAUCUUAUUUUUAACUGGAUAAUCAAAAUUACAUUGAAACAGUUUUUAAAGUAAAAGCAAACAGUAUAAAACAAGCCAAACUAUCCAUCACAAACUCUCCUCCUAUCAUAGGAUACGCACUAAUACAAGACGAUCAGUCGGUACGUUUAUAUGACACUCGAGAAAACCAAAUUAUUGCCUUAUUCUGAUUAAGGCCGGACAACUGAAGUGCAUGUAAACACUUUACAAACUAGGAUUAAGACAUCCAGAUAAUGCAAUUGGAAUUCCAUUUUCUCUGCCAUGUAACCAGCGUAGUUGGAGUAUGAUCGGACAAUGUAUGUGCAACUGCAACAUGGCUGAAACAAGAAAGAACACCCACUUUUGGAACGACGAGGAGAGUGCCGUUAUGCUUUCUGUCCUGAAAAAAAGGACAUUUUAAAGUAUAUGGACGGUCGCAAAACGAGGAAUGGAGACGAUCUUUAAAAACGUCCAGAAACAGCGCCGCUGAAAAGAUGCAUAUCGCCCCCUAGUUUUGCAGAGGAGGACAUGAUCAAGUCAAUAAUUCGAUUUUCUCAGCUGCAUGUAUACGAGGACAAGGAGAGAAGUCUGAUUCAGCGGAAAAAACAAAAACUAAUUUUGAGCUUAAUCUGAUUAAACUGUGCUUGUAAACACACUGAUUUACUGAUACUGAGGACUAACAAUAGACUACAUGCUUGAGUGUAAAUCAGUAACUUUACGGGUUUAAUGCUUAACUCAACCUGAAUUUUAGUCACUGAUUGAGUGACUUAACAAGUCAUUAACCUAAGACAAUAAAAAAAUCCAAUCAAACUAUUAAAGUUGGUUAAAGUGGCUGAAAAUUUCUAUCUUCUUUAGCAACUAAGACUGACAAACUAGCUGUGAAAUCAGCCUCAUCAUCCUGUCCAGAGCUCUAAAGAAGCAAACAUCUUUUCCUCCAUUUGCACAAAAAAAAAACACACAUUAUUUUGUCAUUCUCGGGAGCAGACAGCUGGACUUUAUCAUGCACUCUAAGUCUGUGGUUUAACUGCAUGCAUCGUCUAUUUAGGAAAAGGAAAAAAGCCAUCGCUCUUGUUUUUUAAAUCUGUCAAAUCUUUGAAAAAGAUCAAACUGCACAUGAAGACAAGCGGUUUUAUUCUCCUUUAUUAAACGGAUCUGUCUUUACACUCUACUCUUUCACUCUUGGGUCUUUUUUUGACUCUCCUGAAGAGCUAAUAAAAUGUAAUAUCUGACGGUAGCCAAGUCUUUCCAGGGUUAGGCGGUCCAUCUUUCGGACCAGGACACAUUUGAGUGCACAAUGCUGAAAGAAUGCAGCCAUAUGGUUCCCAGACUGCCUCUCAAAACCUUCUGAGCUAUUGGAUCUCAGUGUAUCCCAAACGCCUUGAGUGUACUCACCACUGUAUUUACAGCUUUUGCCUUGUGAACACACAACAGUGGCCUGAUAGGGAGCAGCUUUAUAGUCCUAAAGUCCCGUUUCACGUGGUGGUGCUUUUUUAACCUGUUCACAUCAGGAAUCGUAGACGCAGACGAGAAAGUUCAUAUUUUUAUCCACUUUUCGUCUUUAUUCCUGGUCGCUGAGCAAAGAAAAACAAGGAUUACUUGACCUCAAACCUUUAACGUUUUUUGUACUCGACUCCUCUCUUAUAGUCCUCUCCUUCUCUACAUGCAGCCCCUCCAGAACCAGGACUAGAAGACUCUGAGAAGUGGGGGGUUUGGGUGGAUAAAUGCAGGGUGCCAAACUCACUUCUUCAUCACAGCUGUGUGUGUGUGUGUGUGUGUGUGUGUGUUCUCCUCACUCCACGCUGCUGCAGAUGAGAGCUGGUUUGACGACGCCUGAGGGGCACAACACCUCGCUCACUCUGAGGUUCUUGUUGUUGCUCUGAAGAUAUCAAACUAAUACGGGCGGUUUCGAUGUUUUCAUGUGGGUUUGCACACCUCCUGUUGCCCUGAGUGAAUGAACAUCCAGCUCAAGUCAAGAGAGAGCGUCUCCUGAACAGCAGCCAAAUAGUUCAGAUCUGAGAGGUGAAGCUGGUUUAACCUGCGAGUUUUGAUUCACAAUGUGCUGCGAAAACGGUUCGAGCUGCGCCUUCCCUUGCGACAUUCUUGCAUAAUGCCGGGAUGAUGAAUUUUGAGAGAGGAAAUGGUGCAUGAAUAUGAAAGCUAGUUGCACAGGCGUCUUAAGAAAAACCCUUUGAGUGAUGGCGGGAUAUUGAGUCAGACCUUGACUGCUUCCUAUUCGCCGGUUCUGGAGAUUUCACACACCGUUCGCUCGUCACUCACGUCACUGUGACCCUAGGAAACCUCCAUUGUUACAGUCGGGAACAGUAGCAGGCUCAGAGAGUGAAUUGUGGAGAGUGUGUGUUUGUCUGCAGGAGGAGGAGGGGUGUGUGUGUGUGUGAGUGUGUGAUGGAUAUGUCUCUCUUCCUGUUUGUAGUUUCUCAGGAGUGCUCUUUUUCCCAUGCUGUGAACACACACACACACAUAUGCCACCAUGCUUUCACUGUAGAAGAAAAGAGGAGAGAUGAAAGAGUCGCAGGAAUAAAUCUCAAUCCCCUCGGACCAAAGGAUGUGCCAAAGACACACUCAACAAGGUUGGAGGGUCUUUUAAGUCUGAGACGUUAUUUCUCUGUGUUUUGACAUUAAACUGCAGCCUCUGCAGUGUGUCGGCACGCCGCCUAGAUCGUGUUCCCGUCCGUCCUUUGCCCUUUCAUACAACAUUUCAGUUGAGCAAACAUGGGCCUCCUCCUCUGAGCUCACUCACAGUUUUUCAUUUCAGCUGAUAAUUGCUCUGAUGCCUAACCUUUGCUCGGUGGACUCCUGAAUAGCGGGACAGGGAGAGACCUCUGGGGUGCCGAGCCAAGACGAGAGAGGAGACGCAGACUCCUCGUCUCAGAUGAAGAUAGUGACAAGAGCUUAGCCGGAUCAGCUUCCCCGUCUGUCUUUACUUCAAACCCGACCUCUGACCUCUCCGUUUGGCCUGUCAGAAUCACCUGCCCUUCUCUCUUUCUCCUCCUCUCGAGAAAGAUGAUCCCAGACGCUGACCAUCCCUUGUCACGUAUCCACGGUGGUGACAGCCAAGUUCCCUCCGAGUCUUUUGUCGCAGAGGUCAGCUCUGAAGCUCCUCUAACACUUAAUUACAUCUCUGAAGAGGAUGAGGACAUGGCUGACACAUGCAGAACAGAGCCGGCUCCUCGGCCGCUUUGACACAAAUAAAUCUCCAGGAGAAAGACAUCAGGCAUAUGGUGGUCCGAGUGAAUGGGGAGCUCUUUUAAGGGUUAGUGAUUUUGAAUUGAGUGGAUCGUGAGGAUGGACGUGGCUGAGUAAUGGUCAGUCAGAGAAGACAUCUGGUCAGUGGGCCAGAGGAGGAUGUUGUGGUCACACGGAAUGAUGUCUCUAAAUCGUUGGUGUGGGCGAGUAUGUGCCACGAAAAAAAACGGAGGGAACAUUUUUACUAAAGUUUUAAACCUCCAAAACAAAGCAGUGAAGUCAACCAGUAUGUUUACAUGUUGUUUAAUAAAUCAGUUUUUGUUAAACACCGAAGACCGGAUCAUAAAUGGACAUGCACUUCAGUUGUGCGGUCUUAAUCGGAGUAAGGCAAUAAUUCGGUUUUCUCAAGUGUCAUGUAAACGUACUGAAUGACAUCACCCGGCUAACCUCCGUGCAUCAAGUGGACACUCAGAGAACUGCAGUUUUAAGCACUUCUGCACUAGCCUCACUUGUCAAGACCCAAGGUUUCUGCCUAAUUUCUUCUACUGUACAGACUACUACUGCUGCAGGAGUCUGAUUGGUCAACAGAGCUGUUAAUAAUGAUGCUUUGCUCCUUUUUAAAGUCUUAAAUGACUCAUUUCAACUUUUCAAUAGUGAAUAAAAGCUUUAACUUUGAAUGAAACCAUGCCAGUUCAAGGUUUAAAGCUGCACCAAGAUGGACUUUUGAAAAAUCUAAGCGUAGAUCAAUUUUCAGAGUCCUCGGUCUCAAAGGAAAGUCAACUUUGACUCAAACAAACCAAGAAAUAAAUCUUCUGAAAUAGAUUCAUGUGACAGAGAGGUCCUCACCGGAGGUGGAUUACACUCAACAAUCACUCGUCUUCUCAACAAGCACUUCAGACUGACAGAGGUAGACCUGGUUCAGGUCUCAGAUCAAUCUCGGUCACUCUGAACUGAAAUACUGGGCUCGCAGCACUUUGCUAUUAAUCAGAGGUGACUGACGGACUGCGGCAGGAAGGCUUAAUAAAGAGUUAUGAUUGGUGGCUGUCAGAGGUCAGUGCUGUAGCUCAGACUGACUUCCUGCAUCUCUUCACUCCUCAACUUUUCCUUCCUCUUGUCUCCUCCAUCCUCAAUCACUCCCCUCUCCUAAAACCUCCACCUCCUCCAUUCUCCUCCCUUUCUUUUCCUGUCUUCCUCACCUCUCCCAUACCCAGCCCGGGGUGAAAGAAGCGUUCUCAUUCAGGGCCGUGGAGGGGGGAAAGCUUGCUUUCAGGUCCCCCUCCUCAAUAGCUCUUUAUGCCAGAACCCCUGGGCCAUCAACAUGACAAUGUGACAAUGUGGCGGGGCUUUUUAAAAGAGAUCCUGUGUUUGUUAAGUGUUUUUCCCCCUGAAGAGCAACCACGGGGCAGGGUCAGGGGACCUGAAAAGUGCCCAUGAAAGACGAGGGCCAACUUUGAUCACACAAUGUGAAAGGGAUGGACUUUUUGAUUAACUUGAGCCAGGAGGGCAGGGCUUGGUUUCUUUACCUUUUUGAAGUGCAGAAGACCGAGUCCUAUAAGGAUCGUGUACAUUUCACUGUGAGGUUUGAACUGAAACCCUGUGAGACUCUAACAUGCUGCAGGUCAAACCGUUACGGAGAAUCUGACCAAGACUAUUCUGGACAGGUGGAGAAGGAGCGACAUGGACUCUCGAACACAGAAGUCUGUGGCGCUCAUGAUGAUGUGAUGUAGAUCUGAUGCAGAAACAUAAACCAGGAUUUUAGGUCAAGCAGCAACAACAGCCACCUGUUAGUCGUAUCAACCCUGACUUUAAUUUUGCAAAACCAUGUAGACCUCUGAGCCUUAAAGGGAUAUUCCGGCAUAAGAUUAAUUUAGGGUCAAACACACCGUAACAUCGAGUUAGACCCCCCCUCUGGAGAUGAAUGUUGCCGACCGCUUGCUUCUCUAGUUAUACCAACUUUAGUAACGACCGCAAGAUAGCAAUACAGAGAGACACGCACUCAACCAAAACGCCACUCUAUAGCCACAAAUAAUGCUCAGAACAGCACCUAACUUCAUCAACAGGACAUAUAGGGUCACAGCCAUAGUACUAGACACCAAACAUCUUUUUAACUUUGACUCAUUUCUUUAGCAAAGAGACUAAACACAACUCGCCUACUCUCUUCCAGCAGCCGCUUGUUUGUAGUGAGACCUCAGGCCAGUCCAUUACGGACUACAGUGGGGUGCCGCAGCUCAAGGAAGAACAUUUAGGAUCAUUUCUUUAUCAUUUCCUUUAAGUAAUAAUCACCAUAUUAAUCAUUUUGCACUGCAGACGCGGUAGUUCUUCUGCCUUAGCAUCUCGGUCUGAUUGCAUCUCCAUGAAAAAUACCCCUGCAUAUCUUAAAAUAAAUGAGUUAUAAAACACUUCGCCUGCAGACCCAACAUGUCCAUUUAGAUACAACAAUUUAUUUUACUGUCAACCUGUAAAUCUUGAGAUUGACUGCAUGUCUUUAUCAAUCCUCAGACGUCUUUCAUGCUUGUGAAGAUGGAUAUUUUUGUAAACAUGUUUUAUUGACAAUCAUGACUUAUUGAUAUAUUCAGCUAAUAAGAGCGACAUUUUGAAUCCAGCUCAGUCACAUUUUUGGCUAAAACUUCUCCCAGCGAAGAAACAAGAGGUGUUCCUGUGACUCCUUUAAGCCUUGACUGACGUGUGAUUAUUGGUGACAUAUCCAAAUUGUUUUUCCUGGGAUUACCUCUGCAAGGCAUCCUUUCAAAUAGGGAUUAGAGAAAUAUGAAACCUGCUCUUUGGGCUCUUUGAUACUCGCUCAAACAGUCCCAUCUCCCCUGCUCGUGUUAUUGCCUCACCCCAAACCACCCAGAAGCCGAGUAGACAAACUCUGCAAAAUUCUUUCAUUUACACAUCCACUGCUUCCUUGAUUCGGGCUUCUUUUUUUCCCACUGGAGCUGCACUGGAGCUCUUUUCCUCUCUACCUCCCUGAAACGUUUUCUAUUAUUCAUCAAAAGGGGAUUUAAGCACCUCUCCUUUCCUGUUACACGAGCAAAAAACAAGACAUCUCUGCCUCUUUAAUGCUGAUUCCUCUCAUCUCGGGGAACGGCAUUUGUUGAUCAUUAAAAUAAAACACAAACGCAAGUUACAGAAAAUUGAUUCUUUAGCUUCCAGCAGAGUAAUAAGAAAACGAGGAGAGAGGGCAGGGAGAAGGGAAGAGUUUCCUGGAUGUAUGAACCAAGACUUGUCCUCAAUUUCUGGCACUGAAAUCACUUCAUUUUCUCUUUGCUUUAAUUCUGAGGAAAUCUGUAUUUCUGCAGCACUGCUCACACUCCAACUGAUGAUGCAGGCUCACAGAUGAGCGCGCACUAACUCAGCACAAAGGCACUUUUCAUUUCAUGAGUAUGCAAAUGACGCAUCUGACAACUUUUAUCACUUCAAAACAACUAAAAGUAUUCUUGAUCUACAAUGGAGGCAGCGCACAGCGUGACUCCAAGUGAACAAAUUAUUCCUUUCAACUAAAAUUAGACACAAGCGCUGAGAGCUGCAGGUAAUUGGAAAAAACUAAAUGACAAAAAAGUCCCUCUGUAGUCUGAACACUUUCAUUUAUAGCCUGAGCAGUGUGACCUUUUUCGGGCUGAUUCACUGGGCUUUUGAAUUAUGUGUUUUUAAAUAUAGUAAUGCCAGUUUAUUUUGGGUGCAGCACUCCGGGGAGAUUUCUCACAAUGGCCUCGUUUUAACUGAGUGGGAUGGCAAUCUUUGAGUGCUAGGCUGUGGCAUUGUCAACUCGUGUUUUUUUUCUUCUCUGGUUCAGUUUGUUGGUUUGUUAUCUGAUGUUCUUGUUGCUAGAUUUAUGAGCUCUGAUAAAAGUGUCUUUAGCCACUGAUAGAGCAUGAGAACAACCUUUAAAAAUGGACACAGAGGAAAGUUAAAUAUAAGUCAAGACAAAAUAAGCGUUUAACUAUUGCACUUCGAUGUAAAUUUUGCUCAAAUGCUUAGGUAAGAGAAGAUUUUGAGGAUAUAUAAACUCAGGUUUCAAGUCUCAGGAUGCAGCGAGCAUUUCUUGCGUAAAUAGUAGAUAGUAAAAAAGCCAAGAAGAAGAGAGCUGAAAAGCACAUAAAUCCCACUUUACUUCCCUAUAGCCAUUUCAGAAGUUUUAAAGUGCCCUUGGCCAGCCGGUUAUGGGCCCAUGGAUCAGAGGUAGGAGGGGUUGAAACCUUCAUCUGGCAAAUUGGACACCUGUGAGGGAUUAUUUUGCAGCAUCAUACAAAGGGAAAAAAUGGCAAAAUGCUGAUUCUCAUCUUUAGAGAAUGGGGAAAUAAUGACAAUGAGCUCAGAUGUAAGAGCAGCCUGAACAUGAGGGGCAACAUUCUGUCCUGCAAUCAGUGCAACAGCAGCAAUGUUUUUCCAACCCUUACCCCCAAUUUCCAUCGCGUCUGGAACGGCUACGAAAAGGCUGUUUCCGCUGAUCGCAGCUGAUCGUAACCAUUCAAGUUAACGUGUCAAUUUCCACCGGCUUCUUUCCGUUCCGCUGCGGCUCGCCGGACUCCUCAGCUGAUCAAGAGAGUUCUAUUUUUUCCAGACGGUGGAGCAUGCCGGAUAAAUUCAGCACAUAUUAACCCGUGCUGGAAAGACAGUCAAAAGCACCAAAAUGUUACGUUGUAACAGAGCUCUGGUUGUAAUUUUUUCUGCACUCAUAUCUUCCUCCUUCAGCGUGACCCUCCUGGCGGCUUUGAAUAAUACAUAGGAUGUGUCCAUCUUCAUGACAACAGGUUAGCCUUUCUCUACCGCUCUGACCUGGGGUUUUUGGUCCACGUUGUUGGCACCAUGGAAAAUGGGGACAUCAAUAACCUGAAAAUGAAAAGUAGAUUUAUCAUUUUGUUUUCAUUUCCAUCUCUAUUAUAUAUUCUGUUUUGAACUGAAAAUAUGAAAGCAAACACUAAUCUUUUAUUUUUUGGUUAUACAGUAAAACAAAUAAACAAAAUAUUGACUCGUUUUUUCGUUUUUCAUUUACUAGAUUGAAUGGAAUAACUGAAUGGACGGAUAAUACAUGGACCAUUCUGCAACUUCUAUCUUAUCAUCUUGUUUUUUUAACAUAAUAGCAUAAGCCUCUUCAUAUAUUUAAUUCCCUGGCCUGUACACACUGUGUUAUAAAAGUUAUAACACUUUGAAAAAAGUAUUUUUCAGGAGAAAGUUUACAGUGUGGGGACCAUAGACUGUACAAAAAAAAAAAAAUAUAUAUAUAUAUAUAUGUGUGUGUGUGUGUGUGUGUGUGUGUGUACGUACACAUUCUGUAAACAGUCUAUGGUGGGGACUGUCUGUCACUGCUGCCGUCUGGGGAAUCCCGAAGACCGGCGGAAAAUGCCGAAAGCCGCACUGCACGCUGGGAAACUACGAGCUCAACGAUCCGCCAUCUUUCUUUGUAGCGAAUGUGCAGGUGAAAACAACAACCGAUUUGAAUGAUUAUGUCUGCCAAAUAAAAGUGCCGAGACUGCUCAGUUUCGUUUUAUAUCAUACUCUCCACGCUUAAAAGGGAGCCGGCGGGGGUUAAUUGAAGAUAGAGCUUGUAUUGAAGCUUCAGGGCGCAGUAGUUUGGUGCAAGCGCUCGCCUAGCGGAGGUGGUCAUCAUGGGCCGCUCACGGAGCCGCAGCUCGUCCCGGUCCAAACACUCCAAAAGCAGCAAGCACAGCAAGAAACGGAGCCGGUCUCGGUCGCGGUCCAGAGACAGAGAGAGGUCCAAAAAGCGGUCCAAGUCCCGGGAAGCGAAGAGGAGCCGCCGCAGAGAGUCUCGCUCCCGUUCCCGGUCAACCACAGCCUCGUCCCGCAGAGAGAGAGCAGCCUCACCGCCGGAGAGGAUCGACAUCUUCGGGCGGACGCUGAGCAAGAGAAACGCGCUGGAUGAGAAACAAAGGAAGGAGGAGGAAGAGAGAAGAGUGGAGAUGGAGAGACAGAGGAAAAUGUGAGUAUAUUUCUAACCCGAGGCUUAUUUUAUCUUAUAUAACCUUGGCUGAAUUGAAGUGGGCUAUAUGCUAAGCUAAAGGCUAGGCUAGUUUGCAUUGAGAGUCAAUUCAUUUAGCUGUUAGCUAUUAGCAGGCUAAUACUAAUGCUAACGUCGGCUGGCCUAUUGAGGGCCCUGCUGCACACCGGGGAGGUUCAUACCUGUCAGAGCUGAGUCCUGCACACACACUGAAGGCCAGAUCACCUUUAGUUAUACCCGUGGGUACUGUGGGGUGUGAGAUUUACCAAAACUGAAUGAUUUUGAACUUAAACCUUGCGAUUUAGACAAUCAGUAAAUGAAGAAAAUAAUGUUUGCAAUCAAUGUUUUCUCUCUCAGCAUGUAGAUUUUGCCUGUUAGAUGGAGAUCUGGGUGUUAUUGCAAUGCUUCAACACCAUUUUAUUACAGUCAGAUGAAGCUUCAGCCAGUUGUCAGCUAGAAAUAUAAUAGUUGGUCAUAUAUAGAGAUGAAAAAAUUUACAUUUUAAAUGCAUUUUAAGAAUCGGAAUUAGAAAUACUUUAAUAAUCUCCAGGGGGAAAUUUGUCACAGUAACUCCAGUGCAAAUAAAGUAGAAAAAGGAAAUAAACAAUUGAUAAAAUACAUAAAAAUAAGUAAAAAAUAAAGAGAUAAAUGGAUAAAAUUAGUAAAAAAAUAAAGAGGUAAAUAGAUAAAGUAAAAAUAUAGAGGUAAUACACAAGUAUUUACACUAAAAUCAACACAAAUAGUGACAUGCAUACAAACAGUAAGCAGAGUCCAGGUAAAGAUGACUCACUGAGGUGUCUCUGCUAGUCUGAGGGUUUUCCUGUGUCGCUCUGUGGACCACGCGGAGCGAGGAUCCUUCUGCUGAAGGUGCUCCUCUGCAGGACCAGUUGACUGUAGAGAGGGUUGGAGACAUUGUCCAAGUUUAAUAUUUCACUGUCUAAUAUUUCUGUAUCAAACACAUUUCAUAUUUAUUAUGGUAUGUUUUUUCUUCAUGCCAUACAGACCAAGAGUCGGGCGAACAGUAGACUCAGAGUCACGAAUGAUUAAGAGACUCAUACAUUAUUACUUUUUAUAUUUUUGAAGUUAUAUUGUGAGCAUGCCUGCCUUUAAAAAUAGGAACUGUGGUGAGUAUAGAGUGAGGAGAGACAUGCAGCAAUAAGUUGUGACCAGGAAGUGAACCAGCGACCACCGCAGCCGAGGUUAGAGCCUCUGUAUGUGGGAUGAUUAGACUGUGAGGCCAUCAGCGCCUCUUGUUUGUUGUUACAAGAAGAAAACAUAUUCCAGUGAUGUUUUUGUCCAGUGCCAUGCAGAUCUAAUCCUUCCUUUUCAUACUUAAAUUAUCUACAUAUUUUUCUGUAGCUGAGAUGUGAGGGGGCCAAUAUUUAUUGAAUUGCAUAGACGUAGAUGGACAACGUGAAUGUUAACAUGGACACAAAUCCAGAUGUGAAACAAACACUGUCAGUAAAUAUAUUUGCUGUAAAUGUCUGUCAAAUAAACUGCAGACUCGAUAUCAAUUAAAACAUUCACCAUUUCAUGACACGCUGUCUGGUCACACCUUUAUUAGUUAGGUGAAGGUUUUUUUAGAGGACCAUGCAAACAUUCAGUAGCAGUCUCACAUGUUUUACUCAUGCUGUUAAACUCUUAAACCCAUUUACAUACUUCAAAAACAUCCUUUCUGCCUGUUUUAAUGUUGUCCAUGCAGCUGUGGUUGGAUCUGCUGGUGUAGCAUUAAAACUGCUUUCUCAGGAGUUGCUGUUAAAGUGCAGUCCUGCCGCUGCUCUGCAUUGUUAAAUACUUUAGCGGUGUCACAUUAUGACCAUAACCUGUUCAUUGUCAGCUGGCAGGUUUGGUUUGUUGGGACAGGGAAGCUGCCUUUGUGAAAGUGUAUGUGGUAGCCAGAGGCACGCAGACACCUGAGAUCUGAGCUGCUGCUCCACACCUGGCCUCCUGAGUGGAUCUCUUUGACGGUGUAAUAGCUGCAGGGCCACUUAACCAGGCAUACAAAUGUUAAUGUCAUGUCACUGAGACUCGGUAGAUAAGGAAGGACUCGGGUCUGGGCUGGGUGAGAUCUCUGGUUUCUCAUUGGCUGGCAGAGUGAAAUCAAAACCAGGGAGGGUAUGUUGCGUGUUUACAGUUGUGCCAGAAGCAAUGUGACAACAUGACCCCCGACUCUUAAAGGUUCCUGUUCAGAGUGCAUUUAAAGACUGAAAGGAGCAAUUUAAGAGGCGAUUUAACAAGCAAACAGGAUGGCAGGUAACACCCAUCAGUCAGGACAGAUGUAUACCAUCGUACAGGCAGAAACGAACACAAACAGGACUUUCAUUUAGUUAUUAUAUUUAGUAGGAGAAGGCUGGACAAAGGUUUUAUUAUAAUAAAGUACAUUAUAACUACAACUACACCCCCUGUCGUGCCCUCCGAUCCUCAGAGGGAAAUCUUGCCCUACCCCCUCAAACCAAGCACCAAACUUGGGGGGACAGAGCCUUCUCCGCUGCCCUCCACCCUCUUGAAUUCACUCCCCAAUCCCAAACUUUGCGCCAUGUUUACAAGUUGUAUACUGUGCAAUGCACAUGCGUGCGGCUGCUCUUCUCAACACUGAGCAGUAUCACUGUGAGCUUUUCCAGAGUGCGGAAAUCAAAUGUGUCUUUUUUAACCUUUUACAUUGUUGGUCUUAUAGUAUUUAUUCGAGUAAGCAUCUACAGACAUGAAUCGACUCAUCCUGCUUCAUCUUUCUUAACCCUCAUAUUCAGACGAGUUUUAAAUAAAACUAAUGCGUAGUACGUUCACCGGCCUGGACCUCUCUCAACACUCAGAAGACGGUGACCACAGGGACUCCAGAUUUCUCGGCCUUGCUGUUAAAGGCCGGUGCUUACAGGGCAACAGAAUUGAUAUGAUUUCACAAGCCAGCAGAAAAUCGACACCACGCCUUCAAAAUGUAAAUCGCUGAGACGCCACAAGGAAUGUGAAGGACCUGGACUGAGAUCCCUGAUAGAGCUGCAUCAUGAAAAAUAUGGAGCAGCAGAGUCUUGUUUGUAUUUUUGGGGUCUGUCUGUCGUUAGAGAGCAGAUCAGAUUGAUAAUAAUCAGACUGUUUCCUCUAUGAAAUCACGGCUCAUGUCUGGUUUUUGUCCUCUCUCUGCAGUCGGCAGCAGGAGAUCGAGGAGAAGCUGAUCGAGGAGGAGACGGCGCGGCGGGUGGAGGAGCUGGUGGCCAAGCGGGUGGAGGAGGAGCUGGAGAAGCGGAAGGACGAGAUCGAGCGGGAGGUGCUGCGGCGCGUCGAGGAGGCGAAGCGCAUCAUGGAGCGGCAGCUGCUGGAGGAGCUGGAGAGGCAGCGACAGGCUGAGUUGGCGGCGCAGAAGGCCAGAGAGGUAACGCUCGGUCGUUUGGAACGAAGCCCCUCCUUUCCCUUCAAACCCUAGACCCCUUACCCUCUUUUCCCUCACCCCCCCUACCACCACCUGCACUGACUGGUGCCUUACUGUGGGAGACUUAGGGAUGGUGGAGGGACCUCCCACACCUCCCAGUUUAUAUGUUAGUAAUCGAGCCAUGGUGGAAAUGACACAGCAGGGAGAGAGGUGAUCAUACUAAACGUAGACUUUUCUGAGAAGACAAAUUAGAGAGCAAAAUAAAGAAGGCAAAUUUAUUUACAUUAUAAAGAUUUAGUAUUUAUUUCAAUUUUUAUCUUUAAAAAAAUUGAGAAGCAUGCACGUGUUUGCUGAACAUGUAAAAAGGAUGUUGCAAACAGUCAAAUCUCCAAUCUUUAGUUUGUGUUUGUACCAAAACUUCUUCAUUUUCUUGCAGGAAGCUAAAAUCUUUUUGUUUUUAAGUGAUAGAAAUCCUACUUUUAAAUAAUUCCUUGACUUUUCUUAAAGGUGACGUUUGAAUUUUCCCGACUUUAAAUGUUUCCCUGACUCCCCGGUGAGAUUUCUGCCAUGGCGAGGUUACACACAGAUGACUGACUUCAUCGUUUCUCUUACUUUGAAAUCUCGAUCGUUUUGAUCUUUUAUUUCAUGUUUGUAGCUUCUCAGUUGAUGUCUGUAAUAAAGAUUUUUCAUCUCCUUUCUUAAAUGCCGUGUCAGUUUUAGAAAACCGUCUCUCUUCAUCAGCGGUCACUUCUGAUCUUUCUAAAUAAAGUUGACGACUCUCUGCAGAAAGCCGUAGUUUUUUUGAGUCCCAGUAAGAAGUCUUUUCCUCUAAUGGUUUCAGCUUCAGCCUCCUUAAAGUAAGUCCGAGCUCAGACAGAAUGAAGGUAGACAGCAGUCUGCGCCCCACCUCCCUGGGCGUCAUUAGGAAAAUGGGAUUUGUUUACACUACAGUAAUAAUGUAUUGUGAAUGAGGGGGGGCAGCUAAAGCCUAGUGACCCCGACUUGCACACGGAGCAGUCAGUGGCUCGGUACUAAUAGGGUGAGAAAUGUAGUCCGGUGGCACCUCCUGGUCUUUUUCGGUUAUCUCUCUCCUCCUCCUCCUCCUCCUCCUGCCUGAUGCUCUGUCUGCAUGCUCCCACUCUGCUCUGUCUCGUUCUCCAGCCCUUUGACGUGGACGGCGUUACAGUCUGUAGAAUUAGCACGGCUCCUCUGUAACUACGACGACCAGCUGAAAAAGCUUUAGUCAGACGCCCACGGGUCCGAUCUUGACUCUCAGUGAGGCUUUAGUGGAGAUUUCUCCUUCAAAUCGAAGUUCAUGUGUAGAAAAUGUUGUUUAACUCACAGUUUGUCCCGUACAGGUUUUCUUUACCAGCCCCCCCACCCCCACCCCUUUACCUUCUCUUUAACAAGGACGCACAGUAAUGGACUGCUACGUUUAUUUUCUCCUCUGUCCUGUUUGAAAAGGUUAACUCUCUCAGGUCUAACCUUUUGAUUUGUGACUCGUAUUUUUAUUUCUCAUAUUUCUUUAUUUCUCAUGAAGAACUUUUUCUCCUCAGAGAAUCCAAUGUUCUGUGUUUUGUACUCAUGACCUGCUUCUCCUAUAGGGUUGCUGCUAAGUUUUGAUAUUGUUAUCUGUAAAUACAUUUGUGUUGUUUUUUUAUUUUGGAAUUACACAACUCACCAACCUUCCUAACUAGCACUUGACCUGAGCUGGCCUGCAGCCUUUCAGCUCAGCCCGUGACUCAUGUCCUGUCCUGUAAGUGUACCGUGGUCCGGUCCUCCUCGAACACACACAGACACCACUUUGUACUGUACUCUCCUUCACUCUGCUAUCGACUCAGUGGGGACUGAGCUGCUGUAAAGAGAGGAACAAAAAAAAACUAUUUAAGAAAAAAGAGAGAAAUGAGCUGUGGCUGCAGGCGCAGGCUAAGCAGUACAGAGUUCAGAGUAAUAAGAGGAAUGCCGCGGGCGCGGUAUGGCAGAAUACCCCCAUACCUACCUACCUACCUACCUACCCACCCACCCACCCCAGGAGCGCUUCUCUGUCUCUGCAGGGGCCACACAGUCCGGACGAGACAGUAAAUAUUCAACCGUUUAAUGCCGAAAGCUUUCACCAGUUGUGUAGGUACACAGGGAAGGAAAAUGCGUAGGUAUACGUGCAUUGGUGAGCCAAAACUAUUCCCUCCUUUAUUUGUAUCCUUUUUUCUCUUGCUUUUAAUGAUGUUAAAAACCAGCAAAUGUAUUUUCUUCUAGAUUGUAUUGUCUGUCAUUUAUAUCUGUCCUCUAUCUCUGAGUGUGAUGAAUGGGUUUCCCCCCCUUUUGUAAAUUCAUGUGUUUAAGUUUUAAUGUGAGCGCCCCGAGCUUUUAAUUUCUCUCUAGGAGGGUAUAAACAGCAGUAGAGGGAGGGGGGAAAGUAGAGGGUUGAUUUCCCCCCAGUUUCUUUAUGCUUUUUGCCCCAUUUUUGUAUUUUUAAACCAAUUUAGGCUGACUGCAAAGAAUGCCGCAGUGUGGUUAUGUGCGAGAGGCUAAACAAACUUCUCUGUGGUGCAAUGAGUUAGUUUUAUUUUUUUGUUUUGGUGUGUGUGUACUUGUGCUGGGGUGGCGAGUGUGUGCGUAACAAUUAGAGGGCAAGCGUGUGUGUAUGUAUGGACCUAAAGUGCUCUGUGGCUGUAGCCUGUUCGUGCGCUAACAUGGAACUGUGUCACCCGUCUAGGAGGAAGAAAAAUCUAAGCGGGAGGAGCUGGAAAAAAUCCUGGAGGAGAAUAACCGCAAGAUCGCCGAGGCUCAGGCCAAACUGGUACGCCCUUUCUUCUUCUCCACCGUGAACAGCAGCGCCACUUCUUUCUCCACGCAUUCAGACCAUUUCUGUCAUAUUCAUAACCCUCAAUUUAGCCGCUUCUGCAUGCUGCUGCGGUCGCAUAAAAUGACUACGUCCAUUCAUGCGCCGCUUUUUAAUGCAACACCCUUUAUAUGAUGUCAAAAGCUCUAAAAAUGAGACACAGAGAGCAGCUUGUUUCUGUUCAUCUCUUUAAAAAUCCAUUAAUAUGAUUAAAGAGACAAAAACUGUUUGAGAAAAUAGAGAAGAUUUUCGCUGCUCCAAGUCUUUGAACCAACGUCAUUUUCACCAAGAAUGAGGACCGCUCUUACAGCGAAGGCACUUGUGAUGAUUUUAGGAUUGUGCAGAAGCAUGAGACAUUUGGAAUAACUCGUUUUUUUGUGUUGUCCGCCUCGAGCUUUGGUCCUCAAAAUUGGCUUUUGGAGUUAUCAGAAAACCAGAAAAUGUCUUUUUCAGCAGAACAGAGACAGAAACGAGUCUCCUCUCAGGACUGUGACUCUGAAGCAGACACAUGAACGAGAGUUUAAAGCAUCUGGUUUCACUGUCCUCACUCUUGGCUGUUGUCACUAAACAUGCACUGAUAUAUUGGCGCCGAUUUCCUCAAUUUUGGGGGAUCAGUGAUGGGCUGAUCGUAACACAUAAAACCGAUUUUAUCCACCGAUCUUACUGACUUCAGCAAAGGUCUGAAAGUCAGCCGUUUUAGCUUUUUGUAGAUUAUUAUUUUACUAACUUCCUCAAACCUUGUGAUUUCCUGUGCACUUUAUUUUGGUAAGAGGCUCAAAUCAGGCCUUCAGUCUGACCUGUUGCUUAAGUUUUAUUAAUUUUUAAAAUGUGGAAAAUAUUAAAGACUAAAGGAACUGGUAAUAUUUAGUAGUUUGGACACCAAUAUUUUAAACUUUUAAUUUACCGUAGUUUUCGCACGAUAAGGCGCACUUAAAAUCCUUUUGGUUUGUCGGAGCUCUGCAGCUACCGUAGCCUCGCCGAGUUAAAUAAAGUUUGACUUAUUUGACUGUUUGCAUUUGACUUAAUGCUCUUUAUUAUCCGGUGCACCUUACGUAUGAAAAUAGACACGAAUAUGCGCGUUCAUUGAUGGUGCCCCUUAUAAUCAGAUGCACCUUAUAGUGCGAAAAAUACGGUAUAUUUGAGAGAAGUACCUCAUGUGCAGUUAAAACAAACACAACAAGGUUUAUAUUGUCCAACAAGUAUUUUUUAAUGUUAUCAGUAAAAUAAGAUUGGAGCAUCGAAGGUUUAUGUCGUCAGUUAUUAAAAAUAAAUAAGGUAUCGGCAGGUCAAGCUUUUUAAAGAUCGGUGAUCGGCCAGAAAAUUAUGAUCAGUGCACCCAAAGUUGUCACAAAUUAAAACUCAGUUUGUUCGACUGUUUUUAAAAUAACACUCAAUAACUUUGUGAUCUUUAACAUGAAUGUAAAUCCAGUUUUAGGGUCGUAGUGAGUCUGGUACAAACAAACAGCAUCACGUCAUGUUUGUCAUUUGUGACCUUAAUGUGUCUUUCAUUAGACGUCCUCCAGAGACGGAGACCUCCAGGCUCUCAGCACACCACAACACAACUUUACAGUCCUCUUGGCGAGACCCUCGUCUAUUCAAUAGCUUUGAAUUGAUGGUUAUCAGUCGUGGUUAACAAUCCAGCGGGUUUGUUUUUCCUGCUGGCUAUAUAAGCUUAAGCCUGACUAAUUUGCAACGCCGUGUUUAUUUGAUGGAGGCGAGCGAACAGCUGCACACAGAAGGGAAAGCAGACAGUGUAAUACAGGAUCUUAAAGCGGGAUAAAGAAAACGCCGUCAGUCUGCGGGCUCCUCUGGGUUUGAAGGAUUAUUGUUUUUUUCCGUCCCUGUCUGACCUCUUUGUUUGUGUGUUUGAUCCGACAGGCCGAGGAGCAGUUGCGUAUUGUGGAGGAGCAGAGAAAGAUUCAUGAGGAGCGCAUGAAGCUGGAGCAGGACCGUCAGAAACAGCAGAAGGAGGAGCAGAAAAUCAUCCUGGGAAAGGGCAAGUCCAGGCCCAAACUCUCCUUCACCCUCAAGGCCACCGAAUGAGACUGCUCCCCCUGCGUCCUGCCUUCAUCCCACAUCCUCAUCAUCUAGCCCCUACAUCCUCCUCCUCCUCCUCCUCUGUGGAACGCUCGCUUCGUUUUGGAAGUGCCGAAGGAAGGCCGAGGAAAAGGGAGGUGCGACCUGGUGUGGACCUGACGUCCCUGUGAGGAGCCACCCCCCCCGGCCUUGAAGAGGAGGCAGCUUUUCUCCCCUUUUAAAGGACCUGACUGCGCCCUCCAUCCCUCCCCGUCCCCUCCGCACAGAUGACUCUUGUUUGUGCUUUUUUUUUUUCUCGGUUUUAUUUUUUAGGAAACUUGAACUUUUGAUGUAGAAUGCUAUAACAUGUCCCCACAGUCUUAACUCCGGUGUGACAGCAAAGUAACUGUGCGCCUGUGCUCCUCUCCUCCUCCGUCUUCUUCUUCUUCUUCUUCUCUUUAAAUGUCUCCACAGCCAGCAGACUUACACUAAACACCAGUCCCUGAUGGAGAAGAAUAUGUGUGACUCUGUGUAGUUCAGCCCUCAUGUGCAGCUUGGGAGUUGUCCCGUGGUUUCCUGUUUGGAUUUCUUUUCAAAAUAAGGUUUCUAGAGUCGCUGCUGCAGCCUCUAAAAGCACAGCGACCUUCCCGUCCAGUUGACAGGCUCGUGUCUUCCACCGUCUCUUCUUCUCCACCCACAACAAAUCCACUCAGUGUCUGAUUUUUAUAGAUUCAACUCGGUUUAUUUUUCAUGUUUUUAAAGAACGAUAAGAAGAAAUCCGCAGUUUGAUUUUUAGUGCGUUCUGCAGCGCAGGUGGACUCCACCUUGACCUCCAAGCUGCACAUGACUCGAACCAUGAACCUCUGACAGGAUACGUGUCUGGUCUAUGAUAGGGGGUCUUCACGGGUACUGGCAGAGAGAGAGAAAGAGAGAUAAAGAGAGAGAGAGGGUGAGGGUACUUUUCCUGUAUGAUGUAAUGUUAAUAGCCUUGCUGUGAUGUUUAACUCCCACUGCCCCUCUUCCUGGUAUGAAACUGAUCCACAAUCAGAGAACAGAAAGUCACAGUAAUGCUAACUCCUUUAAUCCGACUCUUUGUUUGGGGAGAAAAAAACACUCGUGUCCGUGUUUCUGUCCCCGAGUUUGGUCGUAGUGAAUUAACUCGGGCGAGCGCUUGAUUCGUAGAGGAUGGACAAGUUCAGGUAAGAUCAGGUUUGAGGUCAGCAGCAGUGAGUGUGUGUGAGUGUGUGUGUGACUGAGGAAAUGUGUGAGUGAGUGUGUGUGUUGGUGAGUGUGUGUGUUUGACUCUGCGGCGCUGACCUCAGGUGGGUAUACAGACUUUUGUUGAGUUGUGGGAAUUUAAAUUUGUCAUGUAAUUUCUCCCCAGUUGUCGAGGGACUGAACAGAUCAAUAAAUCCAUUGAAUGCCUCCACACCUC